UGCAAAAGCCACGCCGUGGAAAGACGGGGUGGUGGAGGAGGGAGAAACCCCUCCCCCUUCCCCUCCCCCGUGGCUCCUUCCUCGGAAAAGAAACACUUGGGGGGUUUCCUCCUCUCCCCUCCGCUCCCGAGAGCCGAAGCCACCCCGCGGUGGCCCGCGCCACCCCCGUGGAGAAAUGAAAAGGCCUGUGUGCACUUCACAGGAAAUGAAUGUCUGAUACAAGCUUGCAGACUGCACAUUUCCAAGAACUGCUCUCAAGGAAGAACCUGCUCUUACGUGAAGCCUUGCAAAAUCGAGGAAAUGCUGCAUCAAAGCUCUUGAAUUUGGACCAGUUCCAGGCCUGAUGUCCAGAAACUCAUCCUUAUGGAUAAUAAAUUUAAAGAGGCUGGAUGCAAAGGGGGAAGCAUGGUAAAGACAGCAUCUUUCCAGGAUCCAUGGGCUCUUUGAGAGAUGAUCAGAGGGAGGCCAGAUGACCUGCAGAACACGCACGCGACUGUUUCUCGUCCGCAAAGGCAGCAUCAGAGCGUCCUCCCCAGCCCUGUGCCAUCCAGCUUGCCCGCUCGCUUCCGGAUGUUUCGCAGCUGCGAGUGGGAGGUCCUGGAGCGAUCCCUCAACAUCCUUCAGGCCAGCGACUUCUACUGGGGCCCCUUGUCAGUGGGGGAGGCUCACGCCAAGCUCCAGCGGGAGCCUGUCGGCACUUACCUGGUACGGGACAGCUCUCAGGGGAACUACCUGUUCAGCCUGAGCGUGCGGAUGCCGACGGGGCCUGUCAGCCUUCGGAUCUCUUUCCAGGAGGGCUAUUUCCGCCUGAAAAACUGGUUUUCGGACUGCGUGGUCCGGCUCCUGGAGCUGGUGGUGGCGGGGACCCGAAACAACCCCUUGCACUUUGAUGAGAUGGGGGGGACGCCCCUGGUGUUCUCCGAGCCCCUGUGCCGGAGCCGCCGGACAGUGCCCACGCUGCAAGAACUGUGCCGCCAGCGCCUGCCCGGGGGCUCUUGGAGCCUGCCCGCCGCAACGGGGCAAGGAGCGGGCUCCUCCGGGAUGCGCCCGAGGGAGGAGGUGGCUUGUCCUCCCGGUGGGAGGGGAGGCUUGGAGCCAAGCGUUGUCCCCAGCCCCUCUCCGGCCUGGGCUGGGAGAUGACGCAGCGCAUGUGGGAGAUGAAAGGAAGUGCCUGUUUCGUGGGUAUGCUGGUGGGAUGCACGCCACUCCGGUGGGAUUGGACUGGUCGCUUGGAGAGGAAGGGGAGGGCAGGGGGAGCAGGGCUUGAACUCACUGACUGCGAGAGCUGUGUCCUCGUAUGCGCGCAGUGUGUGUGGCCUCUCCCUGAGAUGCCUGGAGUAAAGCCAAAGCUGAAGAGCAGAGACCCCCCCAGUCCUGCUCUUUACUCCGGUUGUGACUCAUAAGCUUGAGCACAGGGCGAGCUGCCUGUCCUCCCAGGUCAGCCCUGGCUCCUCCUCUGUCCAAAAGUGCCUAAGCUAGUUUCUGCUAAAAAUCUGCCCUUCUGAAGUGAUCUGGCUGAGUCCGGCCCCUGAGCAGCGCUGCCUGGGUGUUGAUGGCCAUAGCCCCCGUGCUGAGCGCACACCCAGGUAGCCAUGUCCGAGCGAGGACAUGCUCCACUCCUUGCAGCAUAAACGCAAUACCUGUCACUUCAGAGGUCGACGUUUGCACUGGAGUAAAGCUGCUGCAGCCAUGUACAACACGUGCAGUUUCACUGGCUUCUGCAUUGCUUAUUGGAGCAGAUUUUUGGGAGUGCAGAUGAGUUACCUUAUACUAAGGGCAUUGUAUUCCUGCCAAGGGAAUUCUGGUUUGGAGAGCCAGGUCUGCUCUGGGCCGGCGGGCGGGGAUGGGAGUACAGCGCCCUUUCUUAUGCUCAUCUGAUAGUAUGCUGCUGCCCCCUACAGGUGGUGGGGGGAUCGGUGAUAAAGGGAUAUUCUUGGGGUUUUGUUUCUGCCUCCCAAAAGGCAGAAGUUUUUGUAUAAGCCUUUUAAAUUUUAAUAAACAUGGUUUUUAUACUUA